AAUAAACCUACGAAAACUGAAUUUUGACCGAGAUAAUAUUUAGCAAAUCGCACAUUUCUCUAUAGUUACGUUUCUAUAGUUACUUUAUAAAAAUGUCUAGUCAAUAACCGCAAUAAAUAAUAAAUAAAAAAAUGAAGUCCCCCCAAUUACACUUGCCUCCCCAUGGAAACAGUGGCGGCGGUGGGGACACCAUAGAAACCUCGCCCUCGGAUUUAUUUAAUAAUUUAGCCGACUUAACCGACGACCCCAUCACAAAUUCAGAAUUAACCGACGGGGACCCCCCCGACGCGCGCUUAUCCGCGCUUUUCUCAAAGUUAGACGUCAACGGGGACGGGCGCAUCGACGUCGCGGAUUUUCUCAGCGCGAUCAACAAGCGCGGAUUGGAAAUCUCGUCGAAUAAAAAACAAUCUUUAGUCAAACAGUUUUUCGCCAAAAGUGAUUUAGACGAAAGUGGAGAUGUCAGUUUAGAAGAGUUUUUAAAUUAUGCCAAGAAACAUGAGAAAAAGUUGAAGUUGAUCUUUCACGAAAUUGACCAAAACCAGGAUGGCAAAAUCGACAUUGGCGAAAUCACCGAGGUUUUGAAGCGGUUGGGGGUUAAGAAGGUGGAUGAGGGGGUUGUUAGGGAGGUCUUGGCGAGAAUGUCCCCAGAGGAAAACGGCCUUGAGAUAAGUUGGGAGGAUUUCCGCGAUUACCUAAUCCUGUCCCCCGACAAUCUCCAUGACAUUUUGAAAUAUUGGCGCCACGCGACGUAUCUCGACGUGGGCGAGGACACGGCCGUUCCGGACGAUUUCACAAAUGACGAGAUGAUCAGCGGGAUGUGGUGGAGACAUUUGGUCGCGGGGGGUGUGGCCGGCAUGGUCUCGCGCACCGCGACCGCGCCGCUGGAUAGGAUCAAGGUUUUUUUGCAGGUCCACGGUAGCUCAUCCCCCGGGCUGCUCCCCACCCUCCGGAACAUGCUGGCCGAGGGGGGAUUUUUUUCCUUGUGGCGUGGGAACGGUAUCAACGUUCUGAAAAUCGCUCCGGAGUCGGCCUUUAAAUUCAUGGCGUACGAACAGGGGAAGCGUCUGCUCAAGGGGAAAUCUAAUAGGGAGUUGAAAAUCGAGGAGAGGUUCAUCGCGGGGAGCUUGGCUGGGGCCGUGAGCCAGUCGCUGAUUUAUCCGUUGGAGGUUGUUAAAACUAGAUUGGCCUUGAGGAGGACGGGGCAAUACCGCUCCCUGGCCCACCUCUGCAGUCAAAUGUAUAAAUCCGAAGGCUUCCGGGUCUUUUACAGGGGUUACAUCCCCAACCUCCUUGGGAUCCUCCCCUACGCUGGAAUAGAUCUUGCCGUGUACGAAACCCUGAAAAAAUCCUACAUUUCCUCCUCCUCCGACUCCUCCCCCAACAUCCUCGCGAUCCUCACGUGCGGCACGGUCAGCAGCGCCUGCGGCCAGAUCGCGUCGUACCCUUUGGCGCUGGUGCGCACGCGCCUGCAAGCGAGCCACGGGAUGAACUACUCCAUGACGGGCUUGUUUCACAAGAUUUGGCAGUCGGAGGGCGUGGUCGGGCUGUAUCGCGGGCUGACCCCUAAUUUUAUCAAGGUCGCCCCUGCGGUGUCGAUUUCUUACGUGGUUUAUGAACAUGUUAGGGUUAAAUUAGGCGUGGAGAUGAGUUAAUUUCCAUGGUUACUUAAUUAAAAAGACGUUAGUUACGAGUGGGUCUGCUGGGCGGAUGUUUGUUGCGCAUUCCAUAUAAUUGUUGUUGUCAUGGUUACUUAAUAAAUCGCCAUGGAAACGGUA